UCGUCAAAGUUUAUCGAAAACUUGGUUUUUUUGUUUAUAGUAUUUUUAAGGUGUUAUAGUAACUAUGCGAGCAUAUAGUAUAAUAUACUCAAUGAUGUAAAUACACAUAAUAAUUUUGGAUUAAUUUCAGGAUAAGACUGAUAUUAAAAAUGGAGUUGUCUUCGGAUACGGAUAACGAUCGUUAUGACAAUUGUAAUAGUCCCAGUAUGCUUACUGAUUUGCAAUCGUUGGAGCCUGUUUGUAAUGAAUUUGCUAAUGAACCAGAAGCCAUAAGACAAAAUACAAUAAACUGUAAGAUUACUGAUGAACCAUUUUUGGUUCGUGAUUCGACUCUUCUAACAAAGAAAUGUAGAUAUCAUGAAACAAAUGAAAAAGAAAUGCACCGUUCAAACUGUAAUUUGCUAACAAGUAACAACUUUGAAACAAGAAACGAUAGCAAAAUAGUGUAUAAAGUAGUUGACGAUGAAGUUACCUCAGUAAUAUGUGUUCUGUAUGAUAAAAAUGAGCAGAAUGGUCAAUGCAAUGUAAUUGACAAAGGAAAGUUCAUAACAAAAGAAAAUAGGGAAGGAUGCUUUUUUUUAAAAAUGCAAGAAAGUAACAAUAAUAGUAAAUUAAAAGCUUAUACUAACAAAUUAGUUUAUGAAUCAAAUGAUGAUUGUGAAUUAUUUUCUACUCCAAUAGAAAAUAAUUGCAUUGAUGAUGCAGAACCUACUAAAAAUGAUGAAUUAAACUGUGUAAAAAAUGAUCAGUUUGCAGAAAUGUCUGCUUGUGAAAAGAAGCAAAGUGAGCCUGAGAAAGAUGAUGAUAUUAUUUAUCAAUGUCCUGGUAGGAAAAGAAAAAUCUCUGUUGAAGAAAAUGAAAUUAAUGAAAAAGUUGCUAAACGUAGAGGAAAGAAUUGUAUUAAUAAAGCAAUAGUUAUUGACAAAUACGAUUAUGCAACUGAAAAAGUGAUAUUUAAUCAUUAUUCAGAUGAAUACAAUGAGGAUAUAAGUAAUGAAUUGGAUGAAGAAGAAAAAAAUGAUUCAAGCUGGAUAAAUGUUACACAAUCGGAUUCUUUUCCAAUUCACUUCAAUUUCACAGUUCAGCCAGGGCUUAGAUUGUCAAAGAAAGAAAUAAGAAAGCCAGUAGAUUAUUUUAAACUUUUGUUUACAGAAGAAAUUAUAAAUAUGCUAGUAGAUGAAAUAAACCGUAAUGCGCUUAGAAAAAUAUGCAAAAGGAAAAGUAUAAAAUCUCAAAGUUGGAUUAAUGUAAAUAAUACAUCUUUUUGUACUUUUAUUGCAAUAUUAAUAAAUAUGGGGCUUAAUCCAAGAAAAGAUAUAGAAAGCUAUUGGACUGACAGAAAAAGUCAGUUUAUGCCAUAUUUUUCACUUACAAUGUCCAAAACUUAUUUCUUAAAUAUUUUCUCUAAUUUUUGUUUAAGAAAUUCCAAUAAUGAAGGAUCAAGGCAAUCUAACUUUCAAAUAAAAAAAUUAUUUGAUAAACUCACAAAAAAGUUUCAGAAGUAUCUUUUUCCUCAUCGGGUUCUUAAAAUAGAUGAAGUUACUGUUAAUUCUAAAGGAAGAACUUGUUUUAAAAUCAACCAUCCCAUAAAAGCAACAAAUGGAAUAAUGAAGAUGUUUAUGCUUAGUGAACCAGAUACAGGAUAUGUAUAUGGUAUACAGCCAUAUUGUGAAAAUGAAGAAAAUCAAGAAAAAUACAGCGAUUUACCUAUAUCAUCUCAAAUUGCUCUUAAUUUAAUUGAUAAAUUACUACAAGUUUUUCCUGGUAAGGGCUAUCAUUUUUAUACUGAUCAUUAUUUUUCAAGUCCAGAAUUAGCCAAAGAACUAUAUAAAAGAAAAUGCCAUUUAACAGGCACUGUUUGUAUGAAUAAGAAAGAUAUGCCAAUUAAUUUAAAAUGUAAUAAAUCUGAUAAAGGUAUGACUGCAUUAAGAAAUAAAGAAUUAUUAGUUUUAUAUUGGUAUCAAGUGAAACCAAUUUGUCUACUCAGUAAUUAUCAUACAACUAAUAUUCUUGAAGUAUCAUCAAAAUUGCCUGAAUUAAAACAAUCUAGACCAAUUAUUGUUGCAGAUUAUGUGAGAAAUAUGAAAGGUAUUAAUCUAGAAGAUAAUUUCAUGAUUUCAAGUGCAAUUGUUAGAAAAACUAUACAUAGGUACAAGUGUUAUUUUUUGUGGCUUUUAGAUUUAUGUCUCAUUAAUGCUUAUAUCCUUUAUAAACACCAUUGUAAUAAAUUAAAAGAAGAAAUAAAAUAUAAUCAUAUUGAUUUUCGAAUAGAAAUUGUGGAAGCACUGACCACAAGCAUGGUGAAACAUGAAAAACCAGAUUCUUUACAUAACAUUGUUAAAGAAGAAAAGCACAUUUCUGGCAAAUUGAAGGAACAAAAACCUUGUGUGGUGUGUAAGAAACCACAAUGUUGGACAUCUUGUGAAACAUGUGGAGAAAUUAUGCAUUUAGAAAAAUGUUUCAAAAAAUAUCAUUCUCAAAAAGACAACUUAAAUUCAUUCAAAUCUAUUAUUGCAUUAAAAUAAUCUUUAGUUAAAUGAUGA